UCUGUUUUUUUUUUGUUUCAUAAAAAUAUCAUUUUUUUGUGUGAUUUAAUGUAACUUUACUACUUAUGUAUCCAUUUUACUGAUAUUAAUUAAAAUAACUACUACGUAUAUUAAUUUAUUUAAUGUAUUCUAUAUAUUAAAGUAUGAUUAUUCUUAUUAUUUAAAUGUGUGAAAACUCCAAACUACCUUCUUCGUGAAACAUAGAUAAAAAUAUGCACUAUAAGAAUUCACUUGUGAACACUCAAGACUUGCCUUGGAACAUGUCCAUUUCUAUAUUGACUUGUGAAUUUACUAUCUAAAUCAGAAGAAGAAAAGUUAUAUAGAAAAAAUCUUUGAUUUUGUUAUAUGUCUUUUAAUGACUAAAUUGUUUCUAAAUGAUAUUUUUCUCUGUUAAAGAAGUCGCCACCUAAAAAGCCAAUAUAGUUAGCCCGUUUAAAUUGUUAUUUUCAACACAAUUCUACUCACCAGCUUAUUAUUAAAACUGGUUAUCAUGUUAUCUCUCCUAAAAAAAAAAAAUUCUUUGGCUUAAUGAAAAGUUUUCUAGCGUCUAACCAUAAAGAAAACCAAAAUACCAUCAAGACACUAGAAAUUGGAAGAUUUCAUGCCCCUAGUUUCAAAAGAGGGAGAGAGAGAGUGUGUGUGUGGGUGUGUGUGUGUGUGUGUGAGAGAGAGAGAGAGAGAGAGAGAGAGAGAUAGAGAGUGUGUGUGUGUGUGUGUUUGUGUGUGUGUGUGUGUGUGUGUGUGUGUGUGAGAGAGAGAGAGAGAGAGAGUGUGUGUGUGUGUGAGACAGAGAGAGACGGAUAUAGAGAGAGAUAGCUAUUUGGCUUAGACGUGAGAUUAUUUGAAAACAAUAGUAUUGAAACACAACAAAAACGGUAAGACUAUAACUAGUAUGAUCAGGUAUGUCAUGACUUAAGAAAGUCCACUAGUUAUUCGUUAUUAAUGUUGUUUGUCUCGUCGGUUUUAGCUUUGUUUUAGUUUUGAAAACAGGUAAUUCAAUUUAUUAUAAAAGUCCAAAGACGUUUCUUAACCUUCUUUCCAUUCAAUAUAAAAUAGUCAAAGGAUUGUACUAUCUUCUCAUCAAUCAAAACACAAACUGGAUAAAGACUCAUAUAUUUGGAGAAAUCUUUCUUCUUUUCUUUGUCUAUCUCAUAAUGUCUAUUAAACAAGUUUUUUUCUUUAUGGUGGUUGUGUGUGUUGUAGUCUCUGCCAAUGCUCAACUACCCCUGUUUCCCAUCCCAUUUCCUUUUCCACUCCCAUUCCAACCAAGUCCCGGUAUUCCCGGAUUACCUGAAGUAGCAAAAUGUUGGUCUUCAGUGAUGGAUAUUCCAGGAUGCAUUAUAGAGAUUUACACAUCCAUACUCACAGGACAAUUCGGACAUAUAGGUCCUUCUUGUUGCAAAGCAUUUUUGGAAGCCGAAGCCAAUUGCUUACCGAAACUUCCAUUCAACCCACUUUUUCCUCUCAAAGAACAAUGUUCAAGAAUUGCUAACACAGCUCCUCCUACCACAAAAUAGAGUUUUAAAUUAAUAGAAGUAAUAGCUAUGUCGUUUUUAUUUUUCAAGGUAUUUUAACAUUUUAGCUAAAUUCUACGAUGUUAUCCUCCAAAAAUACGAUUAUAUAAACAGC